AGAAAAGAGUUGUUUGCAGCUAAACCAGUGGGGUACAGGCAGUUUGUACUUCAGACUGUCCAUGUGAACUCAGCCCUCCCCUGCCUCUGUUUCCUACACAGGUUCCAGCAAGGGGAGUACACGGUGGAGGUGAGCAUCAAUGACUACCUGGAUAUCUAUUGCCCCCACUAUGAGGAGGCCCUGCCUCAGGAACGCAUGGAGCGCUACAUUCUCUUCAUGGUCAACUACGACGGCUACACCAGCUGUGACCACCGCACGAAGGGCUUCAAACGCUGGGAGUGCAACCGGCCACAGAGCCCCAACGGGCCCCUCAAGUUCUCAGAGAAGUUCCAGCUCUUCACCCCCUUCUCACUGGGCUUCGAGUUCCGCCCGGGCCACGAGUACUACUACAUCUCGUCCCCCCACCUGAACAUCGUUGGGAAGCCCUGUCUGAGGCUGAAGGUGUACGUGAAGCCAACAAAUGACUCUGUGUACGAGUCUCCGGAGCCCUUCCUCACUGAUGAUAACUCGGGCUGUGGCUUCUUGCUGUGCCCCCUGGCUCUGACAGUGUCCCUGCUGCUCUCACUCCUCCUCUCCUCGUAGCACUGUGAGGGUUCACACACGCUGACUGGCGCACCCCUCUUCUCACCCACAACACAGACGUGGAGAAGCAAUUUCAGAGGCCUGAGGAGUUUGUGUCAUUUUUCAGAAAAAAAUGGAGAACUUCUUCAAACUAGAUGGACCUCGAUUGAAUGGGGGGAGGGGGGAGGAUUGGAUUCUGGUUUUAUUUGAAGCCCAUCUACCAACACUGUUGUUUUUAAUUGUGACUGUUUUUCAGCGUUUGUGCUUUUCCUGGUUGGUUUAUAUGUGCCAGUUGCCAGGGGGUCGACAUCAUUUCCUGUUCCCAUUUUUCACGACAUAACAGAAGGGACAGUGGAAGGACCUUUGUUUCACGUUUUGUAACCCUUCAAUUUCAAACCUGGAUUAUGCGGCACAUUCUGAAUCUGCCAAAGACACCCAAUCUUUUUAAGCAACGUUCAAUAUAACCCUGUCAUGUGAUGGGUUAUGGGGUCACCAUGUGGCACUCGGGAGGAUAAAACAUUUUGAGUCAGUUUUUCAAAUUUUGCAGCCGGUAGUCAACCUGCCUUUUCCCUGGUGCUGACCUGCUUCUUGUCCUUUUUCUUCUUCUACUUCUUGUUCAGAAAUAAUUAACCCUUUCUUCUCUGUGAUACUACAGGAACAAAGACUCUCCUCUGUGUUUGGUUCAAAGGUUUCAUGAUCUUGCUCCACCUGGGAGCUGGAUACCACGAGACAUCAAACCGUUGUUCUCACCCAACCAAGGGAUGCCUGCAGUUAAAAGAGAAUGAAGAAGCGUCUCACAGUUGUAGAACACUCUGCAGAAGCAGCUACUGCACAGUGUUACCAACUUCAAUGGCAAACUCUUCCUUAGGGCCUUGAUAAAGUUUUUAGCAGCUCAUCUAAGAUCCUGUUAUGCAAAAACCCUCUCACCCCCACACACACCAUCCUGCUGUUCUGCGUGUGUAUGUGUACACGUUUUACUGUCCUUGUCCUUGACUCCAUUUAAGUGCAGAUUCACUGUUUCAGACAUUGUCUUCACACUCCUUAAAAAUCGGACUAAUUGCAAAAAUGAAUGCCGGAAAAUAAGGUUCACGCUAGGUUACCAUGUCCCCACAAAGACUGUAACAGCAAUCUACAUAAGCACAGUGCAUGUGUACGCACACAUAUAUGCUUUCUCUCAAUCAUUCCAAAAGAUGUUUUAUAGACGCAUAUUUUAAUUUUGUCCCCCUGGCCUCCCAGGAUCUCGCUAAGUGAAAGGGAUUAUGGGAGGCAGCCUCUUGACACAUUCCAGAUGCUGAUCGAGUGAGUGCGUCCUCUCCUGGGUAGCUGCCCGGGUCCCAGUUCCUUUUUGCAGUGAUCAGUUUAAUGAACCGUUGGCAAAAAGAACGCUUCACGUAAAGCAAUAUUGAAAGCUGCCGGUGUUCAGCAGGGUGAGAUGUAGUCACUGGAAGAAUUUCUGUGCCACAGCGGACCAUUUUAGUUGCAGUGUUUACAAGAGUACGAGAAUGGGCCAAUUCAUAUGAAUGUCCCCCUUUGUAUAAUAUUGUCUAUUUAUCUUAAUGCCUGAUGAAAAUCUCAUUGACUCUCUGCGAAAGAGGUUUCAGAUACCAUGAUGUGGUAAAUGGUCUUUAAUUGUAGACCACCUUCCAGAUAUUGGUCAUUUGGUUUGACGUAAGACUGAGAAUGUGUUUCAAUGGAACCAGCAAUGCACGAAAGACACAGGGAGGGGCAGGGGGUCAGCUGUCCCUUUUAGGUCCAGUAGUCAGAGUUUCUGAUUUUAGACGUUAACUGAUGAACUUGAAAAAACAUAGAACUGAAACUGUCGCACUGUUGUUCUAGUUUGAAAAGGGCUCAGGAGGCCUCAACCCAUCAAAACCCCUUCAAAAUAUUUAGGUAUUGUAGGUAUUGUAUGAACGUAGCUAGCUCCAGAAGAUGGGGGACAAAUUCUACAUAGAGGAGUAUAAUCUCUUCUGAAAGGACAGAUUGGUAAGGAAGAGAGAGGAAUUGGGAGUCUUUACCUCAGGGAAGGACCACAAGCCAAGGAACCGGAGUCGGUUUGGGUCAAGCUGUUAGUUAAAGAGGUCUGUCAAUAUGGGCAUGACCCCAGGAAUAGAAAGAAUAGCAAAUUAUUAUGAGAGCCUAUGAGGAGCAUGAUAACGUAGGAACUGUGAAUCAUGGGUGAUUCCAGCUUCCUCAAUAUACACUUAAAAAUGUAUUUCUAAAACCAGUUAUCGGAGGGCCACUAAACACAGGCUGGCCUUAUUUAAAAUGGGCCCAGAUAACUGCUAACCCAUUAGUCAAAUACCCAUAAUCUACUAAAUAAUAAAUAUUAAGGGGUAAACUUGAAGAGUUUGCAGUGGAAUCAUAGGAGAUAGCCAGCAUGGAUUUAGAAGAGGAGGGCCCUAACUAACUAAACUUAACAUCAUUUUAGGAGGUUACAGCUAAGGUAGCUUAUGGAAGCACUUAAAAUAUAAUUUACUUUAAAAGUGUUGAGAAAGUCAUGUAAAAUCAGAUUGGGGUGGAGUACUUGGACCCUUACCGUUCUUUAUUUAUAUAAAUACAUUUUAUUACAUUUGCAGAUGGUAUAAAACUAGAGGGAGCAGUGCGCACAGAUAAUUCACAUUUAUUUCAAAGGGAUUCAGACAUGCUGGCAAAUGAAAUAGUAAUACUGCAUAUCACAAAUGCAUUGGACAAGUACAAAAUGAAUAGGAUUGAAAGGGAUCUUGGAACGGAGAUGCAAGUCAAUGGAAAUGUUGGGUUUCGUAGACCAAAUUGGCUAAAACAAAGUCUAGGGGAAGGUUAAAUGAGACGCUCUUGUGUCUAGCUCAGUUCACAUUAUUGCACUUGAGAAGGGCAACCAGGUUAAACCACGGUUUAAGGGUACGAGCAUUAGUCUAGAUUAAAAAAAGACGGGUACGUUUAUAAAGGUUUAUAAAACCCUAAAUGGUAUAGGCAGGGUUAACCCAAAUCACGGUUUCAAAUUUAGCAUGUCAAGUUGCCCUGGAGUAAAGUUCAGAAUGGAAAGUUAACAGAAAAUGUAAAAAUAAAUAAGUGAGCGAGUGCAGGAGUAACAGCAAGGGCUAGGGACGAGCUUCUAUGGGCCGCACUGCCUCUUCUCUUCACCUGCGUUCCAUUCACUCACAGGGAUACACACACUGAUUCGGUGACUUCAUUGAGACAGCUGAAGGGUUUCUGCCACAUCCGGCAGCCCUCCGCUACGGUCAUUGAACCCGCGCUCGCUGGAGUCGUUCAAAUGUGCAAACGCUAUAACAGCUGGUUUGGUUUUGUUAUUUGUUCUGUAGGAAAAUGCAUCUGUUUUUGUAUCGUUGGUUUGUUUCUUUUAUUGCUGGGAGUAUUACAAAGUGUUUGUCGGUCGUGGUGACGAUUUGGGGCUGUGAUUAUGCCAGCCUCUCUGGUUUUUGUGAUGAUGAUGAUGAUGAUGAUGAUGAUGUUUAUUAUAAUUAUUAUUAUAAUUAUUUUUUUUAAAGACGUGGCUAUAUCACUGUGGUGGCAACUUAAACUCUUCUCAUAACCAAAUAAAAAUAUCAAGCAAUGGAUGACCUCCCUCAUGCAAAACGAUAGAAGCUAACUGUUGGGGAUUAACAAGAAAAGAUGAAUCCUUGAAACGAUCGACUGGGCUCAGUGCCGGAACUGUGGAUCAUUUCAACACAGGUUUAACCCUUUUGAUUUGCUUCUUUCAUUUCUAAGUUAUCUGAAUGAAACUCAUUCAAACUAAAUCAAGCAAACAAACAUUUCGGCAUAAUACACCCCACAGAUUAGCCGAAAUCGUGUCUCCGCUUGAGACCCCACCCCUGUGUUUAGUAGAGCAUUUUACAGCACUGGGGAAUCCCUCCUGGAAUUAAUAAACCACUUAUUUUUAGGGGUGAUCCCAGCAUACCCAAUGGAUAGGUUACCCUAGUGCUGUAAAACGCUCUUAUGAACUGAUCCAGGUUGAUCAAAUCGCUUUGUUUCUUGUAAUUUUUACCUAAAACUAAUAGUCAAUCAAUCAGACAUAGGUUUCAGCUAAUGCCUUCAUACAGUUUCUUAUCUCAGAAUUUACGAGUUAAAAAAAACUUGCAAUAAGAUGGAGUUGGCUACUGUGGGUUUCUUAAUUAUUACAUUUCAUCAGAAUUGAUUUUUGCGAGUGAGUCCCAUAUUCUGACAAUCUAAAGCAAAACUUUUCUAAGUUUAGAUUUUGAUUUUGAUAGUAAUAACAGCAGCCAAAGUUUGUGCUCAGCCUUUGAAAGAUGAUUCUGUUCAUCUGUCAUUUCUCACAAUGAACAUUUGUGAAAAUGAUCGUCAAUAACGCUCAUUUAAUGAUUUCUGACAACCAGAAACAGUUCAUCCAAGCUCACUUGCAUGGCAAAAUAAUCCUUUUGGAGUACAUUUUGAAUCACAAAAUGAAUCCUAAAUGAAUGAAUGUGUUUUUUUUCUUUAUCUAAAUACUUUUAUUUGGUGCUGUAUUAAGAACCUCAAGUUAAAAACAAACUUAGGCAAUUUUUGCUGUAGACAAAUAUUCUAUAGGGGAAAGGGAGAAAGAAAAGGGUUGAUGUUUUAUAAACUUGUAUAGAAAUGUGUGUCAAUUGCCCUUAUAUAAAUUCUAUAGAACAGAAUCUUUAUACAGAGUGUGUACAGAAUUUGUAUAUCAAUGUACAAGGGAAAGAAUAUUCAUUUGAAAACCACAAACACCCCCCCACUGCCCCACCCAAAUGGUACAGUCCAGGCCCUUCCCCUGUCUACCAGAACUGAGAGGGAUCUAAAUUGGAACGAACUGAAAUGUAACUGAUGUCAUGGUAUUAUCAUGUAUGUGUUAUUGAAUGUGCGUUGUAUGCUUUAUAUAGCAUUCCAUGUGGUGCACUGAAAGUGCAGUGUGUUGUGUAAGGCAUGCCUUAAUUUUGGUCUUUUUUCAUGUUUUAUUAUAAUAUUUUUAUUAUAUUAUUAUUUGUAUUUUUUUUGUAAAAUGAAAGGUACUUGCUCUUUGUUUUGAAAUGCGAUAUUUCAGUGUAUCCCAGCCUAGCUUUUUCAUUUUCAUUUUCAGACAUUGUGGCUUGUGGUUACCAAUAAUCUACUUUUGAAUUCUGUAUUUUUUUAUAAUAAUAAAAUGGGAAAAUAAAAAUCUGUAA